AUACGCCAAAGCUCUAUAAAUUGAGACUUCAGCCCACAGCAAUCUGAACCAUACAAGAAAACCUCCCUAUUAACCAACCAUGGUUUUCUCCUCAAUGAUUAAGUCCCUUCUCUUCGCCGCAUCCCUCACAAUCCUUCUCGCCAACCCAUCCUCGGCCCAGAACUACAACCACUUGCUCGCCGGUCAGCGUCUCAACACAGGUGAAUCCCUCAGAACUGAUAACUACAUAUUCAUCAUCCAGUACGACUGCAACCUCGUCCUCUACGAAUCUAAUACAGCGAUAUGGGCUUCGGGAACUGACGGUAGGGGUCAAGGCUGCUACCUCACCAUGCAGCACGACGGCAAUCUCGUCGUCUACGACUAUACAAAUACGGCCGUAUGGGCGAGCAACACCGACAGAGAAAAUGGAAACUAUAUCCUUAUAGUACAAAGGGAUCGCAAUGUUGUCAUAUACAGCAAUCCCAUUUGGGCUACGGGGACUAAUUACGCUGGCUCUGUGGGCGUCGUUGUCGCUGCCGCACGUAAUGGGACGGUGGGGGUUUCGGGGGCAAAGCAGAAUAAGGUGCGGGAAAUGGGUAAUAUUAGGGAGGUAAUUAAUUAAGAGCGAGUAAUAGGCAAAAACUUGUGUGUGUAUGAGCAAUGGUAAAUAAGAUAAGCAUGCUUAUAAAUGCAUGCUUUGUGUAUGGUUUCCUGGCCCUGUAUGUGGGAUCGUAUGGAUGAAAUAAAAUGGCUUCUGUUUUCUACUGUCAA